ACACACCCCAGCAUCCUCCUCGAGCGGUCGCUCGCCCAGGAAGGAGCAAGGUCAGUAGGGAGAAGGCCACUAGGCAGCCGUCUCUUCCUCCUCCGUCGCGGUCUCCCCUGUGGUCGUCGCGGAGCCUCGGCAGCGCCAUGUUGGGGCAGAGCUUGCGCAGGUUCUCCACCUCCUUGGUUCGCAGGAGCCACUAUGAGGAGGGCCCGGGGAAGAACCUGCCCUUUUCAGUGGAAAACAAAUGGCGGUUGCUGGCAAUGAUGAGUGUAUUCUUUGGAUCUGGAUUUGCUGCACCUUUCCUUAUAGUAAGACAUCAGCUGCUUAAGAAAUAACAUUCUCAUAUACAGAAAUCAGACUUGAAGAACAACAACUACUUACAAUAGCAGUUUUGAAGAAUGGAGUAAGCAAACUAUUUACCAUAGUAUAUGUCUUUGUAAAUAAAUCUAUUAAAUGGA